GCUGGAGCGAGGGGAGGGAGGAAGAAGGUGGAUGAGAUGGAGCUCAGGUACGGCUUCAAACAAGAAUUCCCUCCAGGAAUGAAACUCACCAAGAACUUCCGAUCAAAGCUCAAAGAAUGGCAGCAACUUCCUUAUGUUCGACCCUACGAACCUUUUGAUGGCAGAUUAAAAAGAUCAAAAGACGGAUUAAAGAGAAUGGAGAAACGAGCAGUAGGCAUGGUUCAUGAGUUCUUGAGCUUGACUGUGGAGAAAAUGGCGGAAGUCGAGCAAGUGAGCCAAUUUAGGAAAUGGUUCGGUAUUGAUCUCAAUAUUAGGGAUUUGUUUCUUGAUCACCCGGGUAUAUUCUAUGUUUCUAGUAAGGGGAAGAGGCAUACGGUGUUUUUAAGAGAGGCGUAUCAUAAGGGGAGAUUGAUCGAAUCAAAUCCUAUUUAUGAGGAGAGGAUGAAGCUUCUUGAGCUUGUGGCGAUGCGGCGAAGAGGAAUGGUUGUUACAAAUGAUCGUAAUACAGUGAGAAUUAGAACGAGAGCAGUGGAGGCGGAAGAGAACGGAGAAGAGGAGGAGGAGGAGAGUUUGUAGAUUCUUGAAGAUUCCAAACUCUGUGUUUGAAUUGGAAGUAGGAAAUGGGAUUGAGUGGGUUAUGGGGCAAGCACGUGAAAGCACAGUAUCAUCAGCAGGUAAUGACGUCAGGGGGUUUGUUGCAAAAACUUCUUAGUACAGGGAAGUUAUGUACAAAAUCCCCAAAGUUCAGGGGGCUAGGAAAAAUUUACCUAUUUCCUCACCAUUGCAACGCACAUGCACCAAAAGUCCACUCUUAGCAAAGUGGUGAAUUGUUAACCUUUGUGCGUGCUGCAUGAAUUGUGAAGGCUCUGGUUUGGUAAAUAAUUAUGGGGACAACAUGGUUAAGUAGCUGAGGACAUAUUGAACUGCCAUUUGGAGUCUCUUGAAAUAACACUUAAGCUCUUAGAAAUUGGUCAACCAAAAUGAUCUAAUGAGGGCAGCAGAAGUACUGGCUAUUCUUGCACUUGGAGCGCGAUUCUGCAUCAGUAUUUCUUGGUUGGAGAAGUUUAAGUUACAGAGCAUUCUGGUUUGGUAUAUUUCACAAGGUCACUGGUUCACUAUUUCUGGUCCAUAGUGAUUGGGAUUUUCUCACUGACAACUGCAAGUUCUGCUCAGCUUCUUAUUUGGGCUAAACACAAACAGUUGUAAUCAUGAGAAAAGGCCUCAGGAAUUGUAUGAUAUUUUGCAGAUUUUGUAUCAUCUCAUUCCUCAUCGAAAUCCUUGGUUUCCGGUGGAAGUUUGUUGGACCCCUGUGUCUGGUUGGGUUGCGCGCAGGUUGGCCCCCUGAUUCGCGGAUCCUGAUUCAAGAUGUAUAACAUAUUUACUAGUUAUCGAAGUCAUAAAAAUCUAGUAGUAUUCCUGUUCUUGCAGUAUUGACAUAAAUUGCUGUUCCUAAUCUGUGCAGUAUUGACAUACUUCCAUAGUUGUUUAUUA